AUGCCGAUCAAGAAGAACAAGAAGCGCAUUGGGAACAAGCGCAACGACUCUGGGGUGCAGAAGGGCAAGUAUGACGUCAUGCAGGAGAAGAAAAACGACAUCAUUCAUCUGUUCAUGAAGGAUUUUGUGCAGCAUGGGAAAGACAAAAUGGAUGAACUAAGACGAGAGCUUCAGUCACUCAUCCCAACCGCAGAGAAAGCCUUGGAUGUUGAGCUAAUGAAGAUGCCGUGGACUAUCCGACAAAUGAAGUUUGGCGACUACCUCAAUUUCAUCGGAGAUGAGUCGGCCGUUACGGAAGCUGCCUUGAAGCUUGACUGCUUAAAUGAUAUGCCACAAUCAAAAUUAAGAAAAAGCAGUAAAAAGGUGGUUAAAGUGUCAACAGCAGCUCAUCCGGAGCAAGACAAAGUUACGACAACUGCAGCUAAAGAUAGGACCGUGCAGAAGGUUCUGAAAAGUAAAUCAUUGGUUUCGUUAACCGGUAAACCCACCAAGAAAACUCACUCUCUAACUAGUUCAGUGUCUGCGACACCUAUAGACAAGGCUACAAAGAAGGUCCUGGCGACAGAGCGAACUACGAGGACAACGUCAAGGUUAUACAGGACCCCAGCAACACCACUCUUGCGACCCAGCCGUAGUGCUACAACCUUAUCUUUUGGAGACCAUUUAUUAAGUGACCUUAUCCCGUGUGUCAAAAUCCCACUGGCUGAUGGGCAGAGCGUGUGCUCCGCUGGCGAUGAUCUGAAGCAUUUAAAUGUAGAAUUACUGCGAAAUGACACCGUUCUGCAAAUCCAUGCAUUGGUGGGACAGCUAACUAAUCUCUGUGCGAAGGCCUCCAAUCAAAAUGGGAACAUGCCGUGACCUGUCUUGGGUUUUCUUAACCCGCAUCCUGAAUUCUGUUUUUGUUUCAUAUUUCUCUUGAAUGAGACCAUUAUUUAUCCUCAACACUAGGUGUAUUUCUGCAUCUUUUUAUUUUAAUUG